AUGAAGACCUCCAUAUCCUCCGAUGUCUGGGAGAAGAAGAAAGCGGUGAUCGCCAAAUUGUAUAUGGAAGAGGAAUGGCCGCUCAAACAGGUCAUCAAAAAGAUUCGCUCGGACGACUUCAAUCCGAGUGAAACCCAAUUACGCAGUCGCUUGAAGAAAUGGCGCGUCACUAAACCAUCCCGACAGACCCGGAAGAAGCCUCAAGGCUCUGAGGAUCCUGAAUCCGAGAAGGAUAGCAGAAGCUUCUCAACGUCCCCUCGGAACAGCAGAGCCUCCCCAGUGACUCGAAAGUCCUCAUCUUCUUCAUCCAACACUCGCUCCGACUGGGCGGGGCAAUCUCUCUAUACUCCAGCAGAGAUCUCACAACCGGCCAAGUGGCAUGCUCACAUCGCCCAACAAUUAACCCCCAGUCCAUCGGGCGACCAUACCCUCGUCUCUGAGCAGCAUCCCGCAAGCUACUCGUUCUCUGAUCCCGGCUCCACGACCAUGUCCUUCGAGCACCCGGCUCAGACGUCUCCGGUAACCGAGGGCCACAUGCUGAACACUACAUCCGCCGUGACGCCCAGCUAUGCAGCAUACCCACUCUCGCCCGAGUCAUGCAUCCCAAGUCCCGUUUCAACUACCACCCCUGCCAUGGCACAAUGGCCUUCACGCCCCGUCUCUUUCGAUAUGAGCCUCAACCCGGCUCUACAUUCUGCGCAAUGGUACGGCAUGUCAUUCGAGCCGAUCAGCCCACCCUCAGGUAUUCCUCAAUCAGCACCAUUGGCACCUCCUUCUCAUCCUGCUGGAUACGUUGUUUCGCCAGGAACAGGAGUAUUCUCGCCGGAGUUUGCUCCUUACCAGAUGCCCGAGUACCAUGGCGUUGAUGUUAAGCAGUGGAGAAGGGCCAUGUCGCUACAUUAUGGAUAUUCUGGACACCAUGGCCGACCUGAGCACGAGAGGAAGCACAUAAGCCACCACGGCAUCCCUCCUCCUGGAAUGGUACCCGUCCCUGCGUCCCAGACUGGUCCACACGCAGUGAUGUGUGCGCCCAUGGCCCCGUACAUGGGUUAA